UGGCGAUUGGCUGAUCCAGCGCCGUCAGUGCCGCCGCGAUUGCGAUUCCUUCAACUUCCAUCGGUCGGCGGCCUUCAUGACGGCGAACGUGCAAUACGAAGGUCCUCCCGAACCAGUGGCGCCGUGGAACUGGUCGAACAUUCCGGACUACGGUCGUUUGCAGCAUUAUCAACACGCAGCAGCAUUUUUCAUCGUUGGCAUGGCGAUCACAGGUCUGUACGAGUUCACUACGUACUUUGACCAGAUUCCGCGCGAGCUAGCGUAUCCCCUUAUUUGGGUGUUUAUCUUUCUGCGCAUGUUGGGCAAGUUGGGACCGUCCAAGUUGUCGCCUGAAGAGGAGUUAGCACAAAAGGAGCGGGAAGAGGCGCGGCAUUUCAAGGCCACACUGAACCGUAUUGCAAAUGAAAAGGAAGAUGAGGACGAGGAUGACGUUUCCGACGCGCCUCAAGUCACCGCCGCGGCCGACGAUCGCCAGGUCAAGAAAACCCAGUAAUAAAAAGAUGGGCCAUACCAAUACUAUGCGGCGGCUGUGUUCGCCAAGAGCUCUGGCUCAACAUAGGGACCGCCCGAUUCGAGCUCUCGGGCGCCACCACGUUGGUAGCGACACAAACGACGAUGCAAUGUAAUGCGCUUGCAAAAUUACACCUCGAGUUUGGACUCGUUCUACAA